GCUGAGUAUAAAUCUGUACCUGCUUACACUGUUUAAGUGUAUCGCCCCGGUAAUUAAGGUGUUGCAUUGCGUCUUAGUCCUCACUCAGCCAGUAAAACUAAAACAAAAUAUAACGUUUUUAAAGUACUGAAUCCUAUCUAUCUAUAAUGCAAAACCUGUUAUUUUAUCAACCUUCUGGUUGUAAGAGCAAUAUUUAAAAUUGUCUCUAUUUUGGGUCUUUGCCCCCCAGUAUUUAUAGCUUUGUCCAGAUUUCUUGCACGAAGAGGUUGAAAGGCUAAUGCGUGGCAUUAUUAACUGACUGCAAUCAUCGUCAAACAUUUUAAGAAGGAAGGAUAAUAUAAAAGAAUGAAGCAAAAUCAGAGACAUUUGUGAGCUACGAGCUCAAUACCAUUGUUGCGUAAACAACCUUCACAAAUAGUGAGGAUUUGUAAUGCGCUUAUAGUUCAGUAAUUAUGGCUGGAUCGUAGUACGGCGUACUAGCAAGCGGUUCUACCUGCCGCCUUCUCUUUUACUUUGAGGGAGCAAAUCGCUUCGAUUUCUUUGGGCGUGGUUGAACAGUUUUUAAAAGAAAGCUUGGUGUGUAUACCAAGACCAUUUUUGUGCCCGAAUGGCUACAGCAUGGGAAAAGAUUAUAGAGUUCUAUGACUCAGCACUUCAGAAUGGAGAUAAGAGAACAGACCCGUGGUUUUUGGUGUACUCCCCUGUUCCUGUGUCACUGAUAUUUAUUUUAUACCUUUCCAUCACUAAGUUUGGACCAGGGUUCAUGAAGGAACGAGAACCUCUAAAUUUGAGAGUUGUACUGAUUGUCUACAAUUUUGCCUUGGUUUGUCUGUCAGCAUACAUGUUUGUUGAGUUUCAGGUCACAUCAUUUAAAGCAGGCUACAGCUAUUUCUGCCAGCCAGUGGAUUACAGCAACAGUGAGCUUGGACUGCGGAUGGCUCGGGUUUGCUGGUGGUUUUUCUUUUCCAAAGUGAUCGAACUUUUAGAUACAGUUUUCUUCAUUCUGAGGAAGAAGUUUAACCAGAUCACAUUUCUUCAUGUUUACCAUCAUGCAACCAUGAUCUUUAAUUGGUGGGCAGGAGUGAAGUAUGUCGCAGGGGGGCAGUCAUUUUUCAUUGGGAUGCUGAAUUCCUUUGUUCACAUCUUCAUGUAUCUUUACUAUGGUCUAGCAGCACUGGGACCUCACAUGCAGCAAUACUUGUGGUGGAAACGUUAUCUCACGAUCCUACAGCUGUUGCAGUUCUUUCUGAUUGCAGUACAUACUUCUUACAAUCUCUUCACAGAGUGUGCUUUUCCAGAUGGUUUCAACAUUAUUGUGUUUGUAUACAUUGUCAGUCUGAUAAUUCUAUUCAGUAACUUUUACUUUCAGUCCUAUAUCAGAGGGAAAGGUAAAGCAAAACAACCUUAAUUUGGGACAUUAUGAUGUGUAAUAAACUCUGUAGCUCAAAGAUGUCUGUGUGUGCUUAGUUGAAUAUGCAUGCAGUCUGUAACACUUAAUUCAGUUAUGAGCGGCAAUCCUGAGGCAAUGAGGAGAAGACCAUGAACUAUGACUUAAGAAGGAAAACUUCUUUAGGUUUGAUUUUUGCUUAUCACUAUUAAACUGCAUACUUAUUCUCUCUUA